AUGUCGUCGUACAAUAUGGGCGGCCGUCGUAUGCCGUCGAAUGAUCCUUUCCUUCCUGCACCUGCAUCACAUCCAGGGCCAACCAACUCAAUGUCUACCUAUGCCCCACGGCUUCCUCGGUCUCAACUAGCAAGACCAACCAACUACACAACAAGAACUGGUCGGGCAUCUUCUCUAUCAGCUGCGGAAGAUUCCCGUUCAAUUACCGCAUUGCCACCGGUAACAUACCAGCUAUCGAAUCAUGCGAAUCGGCUGUCACUGUUACCACGUCCAAGUACUGGUGGUACAGGAUCAUCCCCGUCUCCUGCAUCGACUGUAUCGCCUCACACCCCGGCUUCAUCGAUUCCCUCAUCUCUCUCCGCCUCCGAUCUAACGACCCCUUCUCCAUUUGCACAAAGCUAUCAAGCUCCACCGGUCAACCCGCCCAAACGAACACGCAAUGUUCUUCGCAGAAGGGCACCGACAAUAGGAAAACAUGUGGAGCAGAACCAAUCUCAGAAGCUUAGUCUGGUCAUUCCGCCAACCGUUCAACCUGUCGAUCUGAGGGAGCCUAGACUGCCGAGACUGCCCGACACCUAUUCUGCGGAACCUCCAUCAUCAUCCCAAAGUACGUCAGAUAGGAUGGAGAAUAGUGCAGUGGAUACUCCAAGAACCCAGGAGCCGAUAGAACUGGCCAGUCUUCGUACUACUGUCAACCCUCAGAAUUUACCACCGCCUCCCGUUCCUUACUAUCCCUCUGCGAGUACGCCAUCUACUCGUUACUCCGAGUCUCCUGGCAUGUGGAGCCGGGGCUCGACCCCAACCUCAUUAUCUUCCUACUCGCCGGGAAUCAUGCACUCGUCAAAGGUUUCACGCAUGAGACAGCCAAGCCCAUCCCAGACCCGACUUCCAGUGAUCUCGCCACAAUCAGCGCAUGCAAGCCCCCAAAGUGCUCCAGCCGAACAAGCGCAUCCAAAGGGUUCAAGGUCAGGACUUCCGAGGAAAUCACCCGCACUUGGAUCUGCUACGGUUACGACAGGCAAAAGUCAAUCCAAUGUGAAAUCCACCCCUGGAAAUAUUCGAGGCCCUCCGCACAGUCCCCCACCGAGGAAGUCAUCCGUCAACUUUAGUCCACCCAGAGAUGCCCCUUCUAAGAAUCCUGAUAUAGACAUUGACCAGGCCAGAAAGGAAGUCGAAGAGGCAGAGUGCGAGCUCUUCAAUUCGCAGAGACCAAGAGCUCCAUCAAUCUUUGAGAUAAGCAUGCCUAAAGUCCCAAAGACACCACCACGGCCAAGUCGAGAAGGCACCCAUCGCUUGGAUCUAGAGACGUCCCCUGUGAUUCAAAGCAACCUACCUUAUCUACGGUCGACUGGUCACAAGCGACGCGAAUCUAUGGAGAAGAAUCGGACCACCCAACUUCCGUCUGCUGUCGUUUCAACAGACUCUUUACUAUCCAAGGACUUGUCUCGAAUUCCCUCUCGAGAGGCUGGAUCUCCAGUGCUAGCCCGGAAAUCACCCAAAACCUUGACCAAGGAGCCACCAAAGGAGAAACUCGACCCGAAAAAACCUGCAGCUCAAAAGAAGUUUGGUCUGUUCUCCAAGAAGUCAAAGCCAGACCUUGAUGCUGCCACUGAUGACCAGGGUAGACCUACGAGGAAAGGACCGGCUGCUGGAACCGGUCAUGAAGGAUAUGGAAAGUACUCGCAGCGUGGUAGGAAAUCGAGUGCUAGCAGUGCUAGUGGUGUCAGGACCCGUUCAACUAGUACGACACGAAGCACAUCCCGUUCGGUCUCAAGCAGCAAAGGGAGUAUGUCAUCUAGUCGUCCGGAUCUCGACCUGGAUGAUUUCCUCGCAAGUCGUCUCGAGCCCGUUUUCAUCAGCGGUGGAGGAAUGGACGGUGCAACGCUUUCACGAACUGUGAGUGAGCAGAGCAUUAGUAGCAUGAGUGUGACGUCUUCAAACCUGCCUCGCCCGACACCCCUCACAUCUUCUACUGUUCAAUCAACCGAGUCAUUGGCAACUUCUACUGGCACCUUUGGUGAUGCGGCCCCUCGCAGCGAGUCGACAAAUAGCCUCAGACCAAGCAGGAGUAAAAGCCCAGAAAAGAACCGGACACCGGCCACUCGUCAACAACCAAAGUCUCGCAUGCCAGUUCCCAAGAGCAAGAAAACUGGUUUCUAUGCCAAUCCAGAUGCUGCAGCAACCAGUACAUCGCUUUCCAGCAAUACCUCGAGCACUGUCGUCAUGCAGAAACCGAAACCGAUACCGGUUGCGACUACUAAACAGGAGGAACCCACAAAGCCUGAACCACCACAGCCGAAGAAAGGGAAAUCUUCAAGAUGGAAUUUGUUCCAGAGAAGCCGUACCAAUGAACCAAGCGCCGCUCCACCGGCUUCCCUCGCUCCUCCAUCUCAUACGGCUCAACUUCAUGCUGCGAUUUCUCCGGUGCUCAACAGCCGUCCCAUCGCUCACUACGCUCUUGUGGAUGCCGAUUCAGACGAGCUCGAUGAUAUUCUCAACCACAUUGAAGACUCGCCUCCAACGGAAGAAGAGCAGUACAUUGCGCCAGUCGAGGUACCUGCCAGCCUGAACAUCAAAAAGCGACAUCCCUCCAUCCUACUACCAUCGCCCCCUAAGCUGCAUGGCGAGUUCGAGCGAGAUAAUCGACCGUCACCAAGAACCGCCAUGUUUAACCAAAACAUGACGGGCCCAGAUCCUGAGAGCAGCCCUGAAGAUCGUCGCCCGAGACGGCUGGCUUCCGUGGGCCGAAUCCCGAAAGUGGUGUCGAGACGCGAUAGACACCAUAUACCGGCCAUGCAUUCAUUCUCUCGGCCAUUCAGCACCUCAGAGUCGCCGUCGCUGGUGGCACCAACAUUGGAGGGCACAGGUGAUUUCCCUGGCCUUGGUGGAAUUCCUUUGGCCGAUAUCCCCAGCAGUAAGCCAGGAGAUUGGGGCUAUGGUUUCAACCCAGCUUUUAGUGCCCCAGAGGCAGCGAGUGCUUUGGAGUUCCUUGCUGGCCCUUAUCUAGCCAGCGAACUCAUCCACUUCUCUCCCAACAAGGGCUCUCCUUCAUCAGGUAGCUCUGGUGCCUUGGCGGCUGUCACAGCUGUGGUACCCAAGCCUGGUACUGCACCGACUGAGGAUGAAGUAUGGAACGAGUAUGACGAUUUGAUUGACGUUCUCUCUCCGGAAGAGGAAAAGCCAGAAGAUACUGGCAAGACCGAAGAGGAUGGCAGAUUUGAGAUGGCGACAAUGGCUAGCAAGGCGUUGCAGGAUGAGCUGAACAAUGACAAUUCCCUCCAGCCGCCACCAUUUUCGCCCGCUGGCGCUUCUUCUCGUGAUAGCGGCGAUUCCGUCCAUCUGCGUCGGUCAAGGAUUGUCUCGGCUUUGCAUUCCUCCAUUGGACCAUCAACACAGGCAUCUUAUAGCAAUCUGAUUGCUAGCUAUGGUGAUCCGGAGGUCAUGUACAGCCCUGCCAAUCCGACACAACCUUCGCUGGACCCCGUUCAGGAGCAACAGUCUACAUUCCUCCAGUCCCUUGCUGCCACUCCCGCACCAAAGCCUAAAUCCAAUGAGCUCAAAGAUUUUCCAGGAUGUUCGGAGCGUGAGUGGGAUGUAGUCACGAGUACCAACAUGCGAUCUGCGUCCCUCAUGACUAGUCGAUGGCUAUCAUUUGGGCGGGUUCUUUUCAGUCCCGCGCACAACCAUGUCAAGUCCGGUGCACAUGGAAGGAUUCUCGUGAUUGAUGGACUGGGUAACGAUGACUGGUCAUUCUACUGCUCCUUGACCUAUCCGGACGCCGAGGUUUACAGCUUGAGCGGUCGUCCAGUCUCGACUGCGAUUCCCCAUCCUGCAGCGUUGCAGCCUCCACCCAAUCACCACACGGUGUACCACGCUGGACUCCAGAAUCCUCUGCCAUUCCCCAAAGACUAUUUCACCGUUGCUGUUUUGCGUUUCCCUGCCGCAAGUUCCGAGGUUAUCCAGAACAACAUCGUUCAGGAAUGUCGUCGCGUUCUUCGAUCCGGUGGCUACAUCGAGAUGAGUCUUCUGGACCGAGAUAUGGUCAACAUGGGCGUUCGCACUCGCAAAGCAGUCCGUGGCUUGAAGGAGAUGACUUGUCUUGCCAACUCGAGUAUUAGUCUGAAGCCGACGAGCGACAGUAUCCAACGUCUGGUCGGCACCCAAGGCUUCGAUAACCUCCGUCGUUGCAUGGUGCGCAUCCCCGUCGCAGGAAUGGUUGUCAGAUCCUCCGGCUCGACAACAUCCUCCUCGAACAAAUCUCUGUCUGCAUCAGCCACGACUCAAUCAACAGCAUUCUCGCUCCCCGCCAUCUCUGUCUCAACCGCAACGGGCAGCCAAAGCACCCAACCCGCAUCCAAGUCGUCAGUUUCAGACGACAACAUCUCCCUCGGAGACCUCCUCUCCGACCCUUCCCCCUCCGCCGCCAACGACGAGUCCAUCGCCAAGAUCGUAGCUCGCGUUGGUCGCUGGUGGUAUACCAAAUGUUACGAAGAGCCCGCCCUCCACGACACCGGUGAUCACGACCUUAGCAUGUGGAAUGACCGCAAGGUUCUACGCGAGUGUCAGAAGCGUGGGACUGGAUUCCGCAUGCUCAUUGCCUACGCGCAGAAACCGAGUGAGAAGAGGCGCACGGCAAGCGUGUGA